AUGACGAGCCCCGCCCAGAUCUCCUCGACGGCAGGUGCCCUCACGGACACCGUGGCGCCCGCCAUCGCGCCUCCCUCGCCGGCCGCCCUCGCCGUCAACGUCGCCAACGUGAAAACGCACAUCCCGGUCGUCCUCAACCUCCAGGCUUCCAACUUCACCAAGUGGGACAUGCUGCUCGGCGUUCUCCUCGGCCGGUACGAGCUCACCGACCACAUCUCCGUCGACACCCCGGCUGCUGCUCGCGAUGCAGAGUGGAUGCGUCAAGACUUCACGGUCCGCUCGUGGCUGUACGGCUCCAUCAGCGACGACAUCCUCGACACCAUCAUGGGCCCGAACCAGACCGCCUACGUCGCCUACAUGCUGAUCCGCAACCUCUUCCUCGACAAUCAGCUCACUCGCGCAGUCUACCUCGAGGCGGGGUUCCGUGCCCUAGCACAGGGCGAUCGCACCAUCGCCGCCUACUGCCACCGCCUCAAGACUCUCUCCGACGCUCUUCGCAAUGUCGGCCAGCCCGUGACCGACCAAACCCUGGUCCCCACUUGCCUGCGCGGCCUGAAUCCGCGGUUCAGCGACAUCACCACGCUCGUCACCAUGCAGGUCCCCUUCCCAACCUUUCUGCAGACGCGGUCCCUCCUGCUCCUCCACGAGAACCAGCUCCCCGCCUCGCUCCCGGGGAUGUCGUCGGCGUCUUAG